GCUUGCAGCUUCCACCUCUGUCUCUCCCUCGGCCCCCUGGAUCCCAUACCGCCUCAUCCAGUGUCCCGACCCCCGACCGACCGUGCGAGGCCGGCCGGCCACCCGCGCCGCCUCUCUCUCUCUCGUCUCCGAUGUUCAGUCGCACCCUCGCCUCGCGCUCGACGUGCACUCCAUACGUUGGUCCAAGCGCCGGGAAAGCUUCCGUCGCCAAAGGGAGAGCAUCAUUGUCAGCAGUCAGUGAGGAGAGAGAGUGAGAGAGAGAGAGAGAGAGAGAGAAAGAGAGAGAGAGAGAGAGAGAGGUCCUUAUACGACCGCGAAGAGACCAGGACGAGAUCACCAGGAUGAGGCUACUCGCGGUCGCCGUGGGUUUCCUUCUGCAAGCAUGGAUCGUCUCCUGCGGGACGCGACCCAGCUUCGUUUCCGACCAGAUGAUCGCGACCGCGGCCAGCGUUGUGAACGCUUGCCAAACGCAAACAGGAGUAGCCACAGCCGACAUAGAAGCGGUAAGAAACGGUCAAUGGCCGGAAACACGUCAAUUGAAGUGCUACAUGUAUUGCCUCUGGGAACAAUUCGGCCUGGUCGACGACAAGAGAGAAUUAAGUCUGAACGGUAUGCUGACAUUCUUCCAAAGAAUACCCGCCUACAGGGCUGAGGUCGAGAAAGCGAUCAGCGAAUGCAAGGGGAUCGGUAACUAUUUGGCGAAGGGCGACAACUGCGAGUACGCGUACACGUUCAACAAGUGCUACGCCGAGUUAUCUCCGAGGACUUACUAUCUGUUCUAACGAGUCGCAGGAGGGAACCGGAGCGGAGAGAAGACCAAAGAACAAAAUGCUCAAGAUACAAUUUCGCCGAAUGUGUUGAGAUUUUUACGUUUACGCCACUUUACAUUUUAACCAUGUAACUGUGUCGCCGCGCGCCGUAAUCGCGUGGCAUCGUAUACGAUGUGUCGAUGAAAUAAAGGGCUCAACCAUCUAA